UACACUUAAGCACUGAUGCAGGUCGACCAAUCAGAUGCUUCCCCUGCUAAAAAAGGCCCUGCCUACCCCAGAGCACUCGAGAGUAUAAAAGCCACACACUACAAGACACAACAUGUUUCAGUUCAAGUGACGACUAGAUUGGCGAAAAUGAGAAAGUCAACAUCAGAUUCAAGCAUGGAGCAUUUGAUCUACACUAAGGACACUGACACGACUACGGGACAGAACGAAAUCAAACAAACAAACUGGAGAUCAAGAAUGCUUUUCAAGAGCUUUCCCAUGAGAGAAUCACACCACACAACACCACAGAGAAAAUCAUACAGGCCAACUACUGAAGAAGUUACUCAGUGGGCACAGUCUCUCGACAACUUGCUGAGCAGCAAAUAUGGAUUAACCGCUUUGCGACUGUUCAUGAAGUCUGAACACUGCGAAGAGAAUAUCGAGUUCUGGAUGGCCUGUGAAGAGUUCAGAAAGAUCAGAUCCAGAUCAAAGCUCAGAUCCAGGGCAAAAACCAUAUAUGAUGAAUUCAUCAGGGCAGAUUCUCCAAAAGAGAUCAACUUGGACUUCCACACAAAGGAGACCCUCCACCAAAGCCUUCUGAUUCUAACACAGUCGAGUUUCAAAGCAGCCCAAAGCAGAGUUUACUUCCUGAUGGAGCACAACUCGUACCCUCGGUUUCUGGACUCUGAACUCUACCAUCAGCUCUGCAGAAUUGCUGCAGGAGAGCGAUAGUGUUUUUAAUCGUUGCAUUUGAACAAAUGGCCGGUCCAUUUUAGAAUGCUGCGCAUCUAGAGUUUCAUGCUACUAGGUUUUCAGUGUAUUUAAAUAUUGCAUAUUUUGCACAGAUUUGUAAAUAGCUGAGGUGUGAAAAUGAAUGUUGGGUAUUGGUAUUAAGUGUUCACAUGAUGUAGCAGUAUCUAUGUUUUGGUGUUUACUUGGUGUUUUUUUAUUAUUAUGUUUGCUUUUUAAUGAAAGAUCAAAAUAAAACAUUUGUAUG